UUGUUCAAUGGCGAAAUCAAGAAUUAUAACAAAGACAGAUUUGAAAAGAAUGGAUGAGCAACUUGAGAGGCAUUUAGAUAAACUAUUUAGCAAGGGUUGUGACGAGUCCAAAAAGUUGGAAGUGACGAAGAAACAAGAAUGGGAAUUGGAUCCUACGAAACUUAAAGUUAACGUCAAUAAUCUUAUUGCUGAAGGGGCAUACGGAUCAGUUUACAAAGGUGUUUAUAAUGGACAACAAGUUGCAGUAAAAAUACUUGAUUUGAGCAAUGAAAAGAGAAGGGAUGUACUAACAAACGCUUUCACGCAAGAAGUUUCUAUAUGGUACAACCUACAUCACGCAAACAUCGCAAAGUUAAUCGGAGCUUCAAAAAGAUUGCCCCAAUUGAUUAAACCCGAAUCUACAAGUGGUAAACCAUGGUUGAAAAAAUGGAUUAAUGAGCUGACCAAUCGAUGGUCGAGAUAUCGUUCAUUAGAAAAACAACCAUCACUCGAAUAUGGUAUCGUGGUUGAAUAUGUCCCUGGAGGCACUCUCAGAUCACACCUCUUAAAAAAUCAUACCAAAAAGUUGCCAUUGAAUUCUGUUAUUCAACUAGCAUUAGAUGUUGCAAGAGGGUUGAGUUACCUUCAUUCUAAGAAAAUUGUUCACAGAGAUGUAAAGACUAGUAAUUUAGUUAUGGACAAGGAUGGAAGGGUCAAAAUAAUUGACUUUGGAGUUUCUCGAAUUGAGGCUUCAUGUCCUCUUGACAUGACUGCCCAAAUUGGCACCAUCGGUUACAUGGCUCCUGAGGUACUUAUUGGUCUACCAUAUGAUCAUAAAUGUGAUGUCUAUAGUUUUGGAAUUUGUUUGUGGGAGAUAUAUUGUUGUUCAAUUCCAUAUAAUGGAAAUAUUCCUUCUUCUCACACAAGUCCAUGUAUUUACAAGAGUCUAAGGCCGGAAAUACCAAACAAAUGUCCAAGUGUUGUGGCCAAUAUAAUGAAGCAAUGUUGGCAUGCAGACCCAAAAGAGAGGCCAGAAAUGAAGGAGGUGGUGCUCAUGUUGGAAGCCAUUGACACAUCUCAAGUUGCAGAAAAGGGUUGUUUUGGCUUUCAUUAG